AUGGCGGAACACACGUCUUUGGCCGCCGACGAAAAGGGGGAGGGCGGACACCCGAGACCACCAGACCCGGUACCCGUCGUCGAAAAACAAGCCCCGGUGAUCCUGUCCGAGGACCAGAAACGGAUCCUAAACACGCAGCUCGACUGUCCUACUUGCGACGUCUCCUUCUUGGCCCUCUAUCGUUUCGCCGACGUGUGGGACUGCUUGAUCAUAGGCGUCAGCGUUGUUUGCGCCAUCGCGGCCGGGGCUGCAUCACCUCUUUUGAGCGUAUUUUUUGGCCAGUUGACCAACGCCUUCCAAGGCAUCGCGACCGGCAGCAUCGCGUCGCGGGACUUUGAGGCUGAGCUCGUCAGGUAUGUGCUGUAUUUUGUCUACACCGGCAUCGGCGAGUUCGUCGCCGUGUACGUGUCGACCGUCGGCUUCAUAUACACCGGGGAGCACAUCACGCAGCGCAUCCGGGCCCGGUACCUGCAGGCCGUGCUGCGCCAAAACGUCGCGUACUUUGACAACCUCGGCGCGGGCGAGAUCACGACGCGCAUCACGGCCGACACCAACCUCGUGCAGGAUGGCAUCUCGCACAAGGUGUCGCUCACCCUGACGGCGGUCGCUACGUUUGUCACGGGCUUCCUGAUCGCCUACAUCAGAUUCUGGAAGCUCGCGCUCAUUUGCACGUCGACCCUGGUCGCCUUCGUGACGGUCAUGGGGGGCGGGACCAAGGUCAUUGUCAAGUACGGCACCAGGUCCAUGCAGCACUACGCCGAGGGCAACAAUGUCGUGCAGGAGGUGCUCGGCACCAUCCGCACGGCCACGGCGUUUGGGACCCAGGACCGGCUGGCGGAGCGCUACGAGUCGCAUCUCCGGGUGGUGGAAAGGUACGGCAUCAAGAUGCAGGUCGCCCAGGCGCUGAUGGUCGGGGCCCUGUACAGCAUCACCUUUCUGACCUACGGGCUCGGCUUCUGGCAGGGGGCGCGCUUCCUGGGGACGGGCGAGAUGGACGCGGGGGGUAUUUUGACGGUGUUGAUGACCAUCAUGACGGGUUCGUACGCCAUCGGCAACGUGUUCCCCCACACCCAGGCGUUUACGAAUGCAAGGGCGGCCGCCUCCAAGAUAUACAGCACCAUCGACCGCCCGUCGCCGCUCGACCCGGCCUCCAAGCAUGGCCAGCAGCUCGAGCGUGUCCAAGGCGACAUUGAGUUGCGCGGUGUCACACACGUCUACCCAUCCCGGCCUGAUGUCGUCGUGCUGGACGACGUAAGUCUGCGCAUACCCGCCGGUCGCACCACGGCGCUCGUGGGCCCGUCGGGUUCGGGCAAAAGCUCUAUUAUCGGCUUGAUUGAGAGGUUUUACAGCCCAGUGGCCGGAGAUAUUUUAUUAGACGGCCGAUCGGUCCGGGAUCUCAACCUGCGAUGGCUCCGUCAGCAAAUGUCGUUGGUGAGCCAAGAACCGAGCCUCUUUUCGACAACCAUUUUUGAGAAUAUCCGCUUCGGGCUGAUCGGGACGCCUCUGGAAAACGGACCGGAAGAACUCGUGCGCGAGAGGGUCGAAAAGGCCGCCGCCAUGGCCAACGCCCACAACUUCAUCACCUCCCUGCCCAAGGGGUACCAGACGCACGUGGGGAAGAAGGCCUGCGAUCCCAAAAUCCUCCUCCUCGACGAAGCCACGUCCGCCCUCGACGCCAAGUCGGAAAAGGUUGUGCAGUCCGCCCUGGACAAUGCCUCCGAGGGGAGGACGACGGUCGUGGUUGCGCAUCGCCUGUCAACCAUCAAACGCGCCCACAACAUCGUCGUCCUGAGCGGUGGUAGGAUUGCUGAACAGGGGACUCAUGAGGAGUUGAUAGCUCUUGGUGGCGAGUAUUACAGGCUUGUAGAAUCUCAGGAGUUUAGUGAUGACGAGGUUGACUCGGAAGCCUCGAACGAACUCAAAGGUGCAAAGGCUGAACUUGAGGCAACAACUCCCACUGACAAACAUGCCUUGGCCAAAGUGUCUUUUCUCGGAUCAAAUACCCCGACAGGGCCGACAGGGGAUGAGAGCAACACGGUCUAUUCGUUGGGCACCCUGGUGCGCUUUGUGGCCUCGUUCAACAAGCCGGAGCUCAAGCUCAUCCUCCUGGGCGUGGUGUUCGUCGUGCUGGCCGGGUGCACACAGCCCACGCAGGCCGUGCUGUACGCCAAAGCCAUCGCGGCCAUCACCACGUCGGCGAACCGCGACCAGCUCCGGCGCGACACGGACUUUUGGGCACUGAUGCUGCUCGCCCUGGGCCUGGCGCAGCUGCUCUUUUACGCCGUCCAGGGCACCUGUCUCGGAGUCGGGUCCGAGAAGCUCACGAGCCGCGCCCGCGGCACGGCCUUUCGCGUCAUGCUGCGCCAGGAGAUUGCCUUUUUCGACCGCGAGGACAACACCACCGGCUCCCUGACCUCGUUCCUGUCGGCCGAGACCAAACACCUCUCGGGCAUCAGCGGCAUCAUCUUGGGCAGCAUACUGAUGACGGUGACGACGCUCACGGCCUCGCUGGUGGUGGCGCUGGCGGUCGGCUGGAAGCUGGCGCUCGUGUGCAUCUCCGUGGUGCCGUUUUUGCUAGCGUGUGGGUUCUGGCGCGUCUCCAUCCUGGCCCGGUUCCAGGUGCACUCCAAGCGGGCCUACGAGGCCUCGGCGACCUACGCCUGCGAGGCCACCACCGCCAUCCGCACCGUCGCCGCCCUGACCAAGGAGGAGGAGAUACUGGCCCAGUACGACCGCCAGCUCGGCCGUCAAGCCCGGGACAGCCUGGCCUGGACCCUCAAGGCGUCGGCCCUGUACGCGCUGUCGCAGGCCGUGACCUUUUUCUGCCAGGCCCUGGCCUUUUGGUACGGCGGGACGCUCCUCGCCAGCCGCGAGUACAGCAUCUUCCAGUUCUUUGUGUGCUUCAGCGAGAUCAUGUACGGCACCAACGCCGCCGGCUCCAUCUUCCACCACGCGUCCGACAUGGGCAAGGCCAAGAACGCCGCGGCCGACUUUAAACGGCUUUUCGACCGCCGCCCGGAUAUAGAUGUGUGGUCCGAGGAGGGCGAAAAGGUGUCGAGCGCUGCCGUUGAAGGGAUGGUCGAGUUCCGGGACGUGCACUUUCGGUAUCCCACGCGCCCAGAACACGCCGUGCUUUCGGGGCUGAGCUUCAAGGUCGAGCCGGGCCAGUAUGUGGCGCUGGUGGGGCCGAGUGGCUGCGGUAAAAGCACGACUAUCGCUCUACUGGAUCGCUUUUACAACGUGACUUCGGGCGGCGUGUACCUCGACGGCAGGGACAUUUCGCAGCUCAACGUCAACUCGUACCGGAACCUGCUGGCUCUGGUCAGCCAGGAGCCGACGCUGUACCAGGGGACGGUUCGCGAGAAUAUCCUGCUGGGGAGCCAGGAUCGGGACGUGAGCGAGGAGGCUCUGGUGGCAGCUUGCAAGGAGGCCAACAUUCACGACUUUAUACAGUCAGUGCCCGACGGCUACGAUACGCAGGUGGGCAGUCGAGGGAGCAUGCUGUCGGGCGGGCAAAAGCAGCGCGUGGCGAUUGCGCGGGCGCUGAUCCGCAACCCGCGCGUCCUGCUGCUCGACGAGUCGACCUCGGCCUUGGAUUCCGAGUCGGAGAGGGUCGUGCAGGCGGCUCUGGACGCCGCCGCCAAGGGCCGCACCACCAUCGCCGUCGCGCACCGCCUGAGCACCGUGCAAAAGGCCCAUGUGAUCUUUGUGUUGGACCAGGGCCGCGUGGUGGAGAGCGGGACGCACCAGGAGCUGAUGCGCAGCAAGGGGCACUAUUAUGAGCUGGUCAACUUGCAGCGGCUUGGAUAGAGCAGAUUUUAUGAAAUACAUUAUGCU